AUGCAGAUAAAAGGUCGACUUCCUGGUCUACUGCGGCUUCAGGAGAUCUUCCAGUCUAUUAGGCCAGCGAGGGCGUCCUUCCAGAUCCGUGUGGUGAGGCGAGUGGAGUCUGCUACGGAUGCUCUCGGCUUCCUGAAGAGCCUUGAGAAGAACAACAGGUGGUCGAGGAAGUACGUGGUGCUGGACUGCAGUACGGAGAUGGCCAAGACUCUCAUCAUAGGCCACGUGCAGGAUGUCCAGAUGGGCCGACGCAACUACCACUACCUCUUGUCUGGCCUCGUGAUGGACGAGAGGUGGGAGGAAGACGUCAAGGAGUUUGGUGCUGUCAACAUCACCGGGUUUAGGAUUGUCGACACCACCCGCCCCUACGUCAAGGACUUCCUCAGGACUUGGACUAAUCUCGACUCCAAGGUGUACCACGGCGCCGGCGGGAACUACAUAUCGGCGCAGUCGGCGCUGAUCUACGACGCCGUGCGGGUGAUAUCUGAGGCGCUGACGAGACUCAAACGCAAGAAGGACGUGUUCGGGGAGGGGCCAGGUAUAGGCCAGCCUCACAGGAUUACCUGCGACUCUAACGACAACGACCAAAUCACCUGGGAACACGGCGAGAAGAUCACCCGUAUACUGAGGAAGGUGGAGGUGGAGGGGCUGACAGGUAACAUCAGCUUCACGGACGAGGGGAAGAGGAAGGACUACUCACUCGAUGUAGUGGAGAUGACCUUCAACAGCGAAACGGUCAAGAUUGGGACUUGGAGUGACACUCGAGGGUUUGAGACGAUCCCUGUCAAGUACAUCCGUUUGGCCUCUGAUAGAGUACCCGCCAACAAGACCUACAUCGUCACCACCAUCAUGGAAAAGCCGUUCUUGAUGGUGAAGAAGGACGGCAACUACAGCGGCAACGAGCGCUACGAGGGCUACGCCAAGGACCUCGCAGACCUCCUGGCUGAUUACCUCCACAUUAACUACACGCUCCGGAUCGUCAAAGACCACACGUACGGUACUCAGGACGACACGAAGGAGGGCGGCUGGGACGGUAUGGUUGGAGAGCUCGUCAGAAAGGAAGCAGACAUCGCCAUAGCACCCCUGACCAUCACAUCCUCCAGGGAAAGAGUCAUCGACUUUACAAAGCCCUUCAUGACACUCGGUAUCUCCAUCAUGAUUAAGAAGCCAGUUAAGGAGAAGCCCGGUGUCUUCAGCUUCAUGUCUCCACUCUCUCAGGAGAUCUGGACGUGUGUCGUCUUCGCCUACGUCGGUGUGUCUAUCGUUCUGUUCCUCGUCAGUCGUUUCAGCCCCUAUGAGUGGAAGGUUAUCGAGACGUACAGCAAGUCGAGUGUGACGAACGACUUUACCAUCUGCAACAGUCUGUGGUUCACGCUGGGCGCCUUCAUGCAGCAGGGUAUAGAUCUGUGCCCCAGAUCACUGUCAGGAAGGAUCGUGGGCAGCGCCUGGUGGUUCUUCACGUUGAUCAUCAUCUCAUCCUACACAGCCAACCUGGCCGCCUUCCUCACCGUGGAGCGGAUGGUGACGCCUAUCAAGUCCGUGGACGACCUGGCCAAGCAGACGGAGGUGGAGUACGGCACCAGGGAUGGCGGCUCAUCUAAGGAGUUCUUCGAGAGAUCCAAGAUCAGCGUGUACAACCGUAUGUGGGAGUUCAUGUCGUCGCGCAAGUACGUGUUCACGACCACGUACGAGGAAGGCAUCGAGAGGGUGCGUACGUCCAAGGGCAAGUACGCCUUCCUGCUAGAGAGUGUCAAGAACGACUACAUCAACGAACAGCUGCCGUGUGACACCAUGAAGAUCGGACAGAACCUCAACUCAAAUGGCUACGGCGUCGCCACUCCCAUGAGCUCCCCCCUCAAAGAGCGUCUCAACCUGGCCAUCUUAAGCCUGAAAGAGAACGGUGACUUGGCCAGACUCAAGAACAAGUGGUGGUACGAGCGUUCAGAGUGCGACAAGGAUACCCAGGAUACCCAGACGAACGCCCUCACUCUCAGUAACGUGGCGGGGAUCUUCUACAUCCUGACGGGGGGCCUCGUGCUCUCCAUGGUGGUCGCCCUCAUUGAGUUCUGCUACAAAUCUAAGAUGGACGCCGCCAGAGCAAAG